AUGGGGGUGAUUAAUCAGGUCUCGUCGUGUGUUAUUGUGGGUUUCCUCUGUUUUUCCACCGGUAUCGUCUUCUGUUGGCCAUCGUCUAUGAUCAAAGUAUUUGCUUCAGAAAAUACAACUUUAAACAGAGUAAUGACAGAGACAGAAAUAUCUCUACUUGGAGGCUUACCGCCCAUCGGGGCUCUUUGUACAAUUCCCUUAACGGGAAAGGUCUUUGACACCUUAGGGCGGAAAUAUACUCUCAUAGGAAUAUCAUUGAGUCAAGUGAUUGGUUGGGCAAUAAUAUGUUCAUUUAAAUACGUAGUAACGGUCCUUAUUGGUUUCUUCAUCACUGGCUUGUCAGCCUGCAUGUACCUUGCAGUACCAGUGUUCAUUGGAGAGUUCAGUCAGGAGAGCAUUCGAGGUUCAUUAACCGCUGGAGCGUUAGUUCUCUUUCCUGUGGGAUCGAUGGUGAGCUAUCUCCUCGGAACCUUGGACUACCACACGAUGAACUACACCUGUCUCACCAUCAGCACUGUGGGAACUCUGAUGAUGUUUUAUUUGCGAGAAUCACCAUUAUAUCUUAUGAAAAAUGGUUUGGAAAAGGAAGCCGCCGUUGUAAUAGCAUAUUAUAGAAGUGUAACAGUUGAUAGUAAGGAGGUUCAAGAAGAAAUUGAAAACAUCAAACGUGCUCUCAACCCUGACUUAGACGAUUCUACACCUGAAACAGAAAAAUUGCAACCCAAUCCCAACAAGCAGCGAGAAAAACUUAGCACCUGGCAAUUUUUGAAGAAGUCCCGUUCUACCCGUCGUGCUCUCUUUGUAUCCCUAAUUCUCUACACCGCAGCAGUAUUCCAGGGUCAAAUAGUGGUUCAAGUGUAUGCAGAACCUUUAUUCAGUGCAGCGGUUCCCAGUAUGUCUGCUACUCUUUGCAGUGUGUUAUUCGCAGCGGUUACAAUUUUUGGAGCUCUGAUUGUUGUUUAUCUUGUGGACAGAUUGGGUAGGCGGCCGCUGAUGAUUUACUCGUCGAUAUUGGCAUCAAUAUUCGCAGCAUCUCUUGGUACGCAAAUCCAAUUCAGUUGGGCUCCCAAUUGGAUGACAGCCGUUUUCAUAUAUCUCUUCUGUUUCUCCUACACACUGGGUGCUGGGACUAUACCUUUUACCAUGAGUGCGGAGAUAUUUUUGCCAGAGAUAAAGAAUUUCGCUACGAUAGUCUCAUUCGAAUAUUCUUUCCUUGGAUGUUUCUUUGUUUUAUUUAUUUUUAAUCCUCUUGUCGCUGCACUGGGAUUGGGCACAUUAUUUUGCAUGUUUGCUGGAGUAUGUCUAAUUACUGCAAUAUUUUGCUAUUUCUUCAUGCCAGAGACGAAAGGAUUAACAGUGGAUGUGAUACAACACAAAUUUUAUUCACCAAGAUCUCAAAAUAAUGUUUAA